ACACAGUAAUAUGGGAGACAUGCAGCACCAAGAAGUGAUUCUACAUAACUCGGUUUCGCCAAAGUCGUCAUUCAAUAUAGAUGAACCUCCAAUGGUGUUUCAAUGUGCUCAGUGUAAUGUCAUUGUUGGGGAUUCUACAGCAUGGGUUUGCAUAGACGAUAUAUCGAGGACAAUAACACUAAAUAAUGUAACAAGUGCAGUAGUGGAAGAAGAAAUGAAGACAGCAAGUACAGGCUUUGAUGCAGGAAGCACUUACUACAAGAUGGCCUGUGCCACGUGUAAGGAGGAAAUUGGACGAAAGUAUAAGGGAGCUGUGAACCACUUGGACUCUGCAAGAGGAAAAUACACUCUGUUUGUCGACAAGCUGUCCAGCUAUCAGAUUGGAAGUUUUGACAAAGAGAGAAGUGAAACCACAGACAUGUCUGACAUUCUAAGCAUGGCUAAUAUCAGGGAUAUACAUGUUCAGUUGUCUAAGCUUACUGCCGUAAUGCAGGGAAUGAAUGACCGAGUGCUGGCCUUGGAGCAGGGAUAUCAGACUCCAAUAGGGGAUGAUAACAUGAGCGUUAAGAGUAUGUCGUAUCCCUGCAGUAGUUAUUCUAGUGUUCCUCCUCGAUUCCAUUCUCCCUCCUAUCAGCCUAAUCGAAUCUUUCCUAGCGGCCAAUUACCCGUCACACAAAUUUGUAACGGUGAAGGUCAAGGUGAAGGUCAUGGUCACAGCCUGAAAUCAGACGGUUCUGUUUUUAAGAGACCACAAGUAAGACACCCCCGACAGCAUACAGGUCACCAUGACAACUAUCCCGAGAGUGUACAGAGUACUUAUUCCCACCUGGAGCAGCUUCACAAGGUUGACCAACAGGAGCGUCCUCUGGGAAUUGAUCCGGAUGACAGUUUUCAGAGCCAUAGCAACUAUGUUAGAAACAUUCACAGCAGCAAAACCAGACAGCAAAGACGCAACUCGCUUAGUCUGGAGACUGCACAACACAAAGAAAAUGUACCACAAAAUUUCAGAAGGGAAGAGUUGACUCAAGGAUAUAGAGGACAGAGAAACUUUAGUUCAGGUAGACUGAAUGAAGAUAAUAGAAAUAAAGUGGAUGAGGAAUCGAACAAGGGAUCGUGUUCAACAUCUCGAGGGAACUUGAAGCGAAAAGAAGUUCCAUCUUGUGACCCCCUGCAGGCCAUGAUGAGUAGACGGCACAAACGGAGAAUCUGAGUCGUUCAUAGUAUUGAUUAGGCAUAGGAAUACUGUAGGGGUUUCAUAAUAUAAUAGUCUUAUAGUCUAAUUUUAGGCCUUUCCACUUAAAGAGUAAAAAGAACUCCAAGAACAAAUCUUCAAACAUAUUAAAUUUUG